AUGGGAGCAUUACCAGAAAAAUGUGGUGACCCAGGCCCGUGCAUGGUUACUUGUACCAUAGCUGGAGUUCAAUUUAUUGAUUGUAUGUGCGAUCUUGGUGCAUGCGUGAGUAUUAUGCCUCUUUCCGUUUAUCAUAUAUUGAACCUCCCACCGUUGAAGCGGUCAGCGGCUAGGUUUGUCUUAGCGGGCAAGAGUAUAAUAACCGUGACAGGCAUUGUGGAAGAUGUGUUGGUAAACAUAAAGGGUUUGAUAUUUCCGAUUGAUUUUCACAUCAUUGAGAUGCCACCUAGUGAGUCCAAAAGGACAUCAUCCAUAUUACUCGGAAGGCCAUUUUUGAGGACCUCUAGGUUUAAGUUGGAUGUCUAUUCGGGAACCUACUCAUUUGAGAUCGACGGGAGAGUUGUAAGUUUUAGCCUAGAUGAAGCGAUGAGGCACCCACCGGAGAACCAUUCCAUAUUCCGGUGUGACUUAAUUGACAACAUUGUGGCCGAAGUGCAUUAUGCGAAGCUAGAUGAGAAGAAUAUGAUUGAAGAAAUUAGUGAAGAACCAAGUGAAGUGAACACCUUACCCCAUCCGGAUCUUCCGGAAGUUCAAGUGUCUAGUCAAGAACAAAAGGUAGAAUUGAAGCCACUACCGCCCCACCUAAAGUACUCAUACCUUGAUGAAGCCCACAAGUUCCCGAUGAUUGUUGCAAGGGAACUCACUCAUCAACAACAAGAAAAGUUGCUAAAUGUUUUGAGGAAGAACAAGAGGGCCAUAGGGUGGAGCUUGGCAGAUCUAGUGGGCAUAAGCCCCCAAGUAUGCGAGCACUGA